AGUAGUAAUUAGUAUGGUUAAAAACAUGAUUCAGCAACACAUAUGAGAUUUUUAAUGAGCUUCCUUAAACUAUUUUAUGGAAUUGUUACUAACCUGUUAUUUCUAUUAUAUUUAAUGUCAGAAAUGAUGAGCAACAACGAAGAACUUGACAGACAUUCUAGUACCAUCACAAAUGUGGCAACUACUCCUACAAUAGUAGUUUCUCCUAAAAUAGCACCUUUGCUCACUCCUGGAGGAACAAAAGAAUGGCUUCCAAUAUGCCCCAAUGAGUUGAAACCAGCUAUAGGGAUGAAGUUUAAUAAUAUUGAAGAGGGCCUUGAAUUUUAUAAAAGUUACGCAUUUGCUGCUGGAUUCAACACAAGAAAGUCUACAACUAAAAGACAAAGAAGAAGCAAAAAAUUGAAAUCACAUUAUAUCUUAUGCAAUAAGGAAGGAUACAAAGAGAAAAGAAAGGCUACCGUUGAAAAACAUUUAAAUAACAAGGAAGGAGAAAGUAAUGAAGAAAAAGCUUCAAUCAAAAGGAAGAGACUCGUUACUCAUGUUGGGUGCAAGGCACAUAUUGUCAUAAAGCAUUGUGAUGAUAACAAAUUCAUAGUGUCACAAUUUCAUGAGGGACAUACUCAUGCACUUUAUACGCCUAGUUGCAAUCUCUUCCAAAAAGAAGGAAGGAAAAUGAACAUAUUGCACAAGAAAAUAAUUGUGAAUAAUUCUAAGGUGAAUAUUGGUCCCGUUACAACUUUCCGAAUGAUGAAGGAAAUUGUUGGAGGAUAUGAUAACAUUGGUGCAUCUAAGUAAGAUUUCAAAAAUUUUCACAGAGAUUUAAAAGCAUACAUUCAAGGAAGCGAUGCUCAAAUGUUUGGGAUAAUUUUACCAAUAAAAAGCUAAUGUGGAGUGCUUUUUUCUUUGAUUUUGAGAUGGAUGAAAAUUAUUGCCUUUGUAGAGCAUUGUGGGCAGACCCCCUUUGUAAAAAGAGUUAUGCUCUAUUUGGUGAUAUGGUAUCCUUUGAUACUACAUACCAAACCAAUAGGUAAUAUAUAAUAAUCACAAUUCAUUUCUAUGUUAUA